AUUAGCGUCCGUCAGUCUGAGAGAAGCCUCAUCUGAAGACGGAGAACUGAGCAACGCGAGAGACGAAAUCAACUCACCCGAUCACAGCAACAUGGAUGCUGUCAGUGAAGGGAAGGGAACUCGUCAAUCAACAUGUGAGGGAAACUACCCAACAGCUCUGCCGCUGGUGCUGGAUGUGGUGCAGGGUCCUGAGUGUCGUCCUGCAGAUGAAGACUUACAGGAAUCGUUGCGAGGGAAACUCCGCAUUCUGCAGGUUGACAGCGCUGAGGUCAACGCUCUGUUUACGGAGUUGUCUGCUCAUGUCACCGCCAUCAACAGUGAAGACAAAAUUAUUUUUGUAAGAUUCAAAACCUUUGAAGAAUUAUGGAGGUUUACAACAUAUUACACAGUAGGUUUCCUCGGUCAGUGUUUGGAAAAUCUUUUGUUUGAUGACAAAUUCUGGCUGAAGCCUUUGGAGGAGAAUGUCGCUAUUGAGGUUUCCAUUCAGGAGGAAACACUUAGUCUGAUGCACAAAGGCCUCCUCAUGCAAGAAGGCUCGCUGUUUGCUUAUUGUAGUGCCAACCAAAUGUUCGACAGCUCUACCUCUGGAAGAGACCUGUACCUGGAGCAGGGAGACAUUGCACAGUUUGAGCCUCCCUUCCUGAGCUCAGGUUGGACUGUCCUCUGCCUCAAUGAUGGAGCUAGAGGCACUGCACCCAAACCUUCUCUGGAGCCUGUUAUUCCUUUUCAUCAAUGGUUUCUCAAAUCCUGUGCUGAGAGCAUUUUAGUCGGAUGUGGGAAACCUACCUGUGACUUUCCUCUGCAGUUUGCCAGAGGAACCUGUCGAGCCACAGAAGAGUAUGUUGCUGAUGUCCCUGAUGAGUUGAGCAUUGCACCUGGUGAUCGCAUCAUCAUUGUGGGACUGCUGGUGUCUUGUUUUGACUGGUUCACAGGGAAAAAAGAGGCCACAGGAGAAGUGGGUCUGGUUAAGACAAGCCUAGUGAAACCGUCCACUGACAUUAAUAACUCAACAGAUGUGUUUUUGGAAGAAGAGGAAGGGUUGUUCCUCAGUUUGCAAGAGGACAAAUUAAUAAAUGAUGCAAUUGCCUUAUUCAAGAAGACAUCUUGUAACUAUAAACUGGAUAUCAUCAGUCACCAAGACUUUGAACAGAAAGCAUCAUUCAGCUCUUCAAGUGAAGAUUAUACUCAGCAGACAGACCUAAAACAAAAUAUUCACCGGAUUCUUGAUCAAAGAAAAGACUCAUCAUCGGAUUUCAUGAAUGAAACCAUGAAUGGAAAUCUUGAGGAGUUAGUCCUGCCCACACAGGCAAAAGACACACUCCCUCCAUGUUUCACUGUUCAUCCAACUGUAGAGGGAAACAAGAACAACACUGAGAACUUCAUUCCUCUCUUCAAUUUUUUGGAGGGACAAGACAGCAAAGUGGAGUUUGGUGUGUUGUAUGGACAGAGUUCAGACGUCCUCACUUCCUCUACUUUUUGUGGUCACUCCGACGAGGAAGAGCUGAUUGCCUUUCUGGGUGUUGCCAGGGAAACAGCUAGGAAGAAGCAACUGUUUUGGUCACGGACUCGUUUGUGCUUCCUGUUGGGAAAACUCUGUGCUGGCAGGUCAAAGUUCAGCCAGGCUAGGGUUUACUUUGAGGAGGCACUCAGUGUUCCACAAGAAUGCUUUAGGGACUUCAAGCUGUUGGCCAGCAUCUACUCCAACCUAGCUGCCAUAUAUCUUUUGCAAAAAAAUACCCAAAGUUUCUGUACUGUGAUGGAGCGGUUUGGUGCCUUGCUAUUAGGAAUCCCAGAGUGCCUAGAAAUAUUAGAGGAUGAUUUAGUUCUUAAAUACAUUCUCAAGAAAGCAGUGCUGUCUCAUAACAACACAGCUGAGGCCCGGGCUUCAUAUCUAUUAGCAAAGCACCACUGGACAUGUGCUGAGAAGGUGAAUGCCGUUCCAUACAUUGAGAGAGUACUUGUUCUUGCUGCUGAAGCCCAAAAAACAUGGAGGUUCUCUCCCAGCCAUGGAUACUUGACCUUGGCACAGCUUUACAGGGAACUCUGCCUUCCCUACCUCAGUGUCAGUUCAGCAAGGACAGCCUCUCUACAGCCAUCUGCCAAACUGAGUGACUGUCUCAACAGUAUGCUCCUCAUCCUGGACAAUUUCAACAAACCGUAUGGGAUCACACAACAGAAAGCCUCAAUCCCACCUCAAGUGGCGCCAUUUUUACACCAAGCUCUCUCUUUUACCACCAUGGUCCAAGAAGGAGGAAGCCAGUACGAUGUUCUGAGACAUCAAUUUACAGUUUGUCUCUGCCAACUCCUUUACAAGCACAAAAUGGUUGAACCAGCCAUCCACCAAAUGCAUAACCUCAUCAACAACAGUCCACCAUCACAGCAAGCCCCCAUCUCUGUACCAGAAAGAAACAAUGCCCUCAUCUGGCUGGCAUGGCUUCAUAUUGACAACAAGCAGCCCAGUGUUGCGUUAGAGAUAUUAGACAUAGUCCUGUCUUCCAUGCCAGAACACUGCACGACCCCUCAAGAAGGUGUGGUCCUUAACAUGCGCGGUGUGGCACUUGGAUGUAUGGGCAAUUUCCAGAGAGCAGUCGAGAGCUACCAGGCUGCUGUUGAAAUCUGUGAAGAGUAUGAGGACCUGCCAAAGUGGGCUGUAGCUCAGGCUAACCUCGGGCUGUUGUGUCUGAAAGCUGGAGCUAAAGCACUGGCAGAAAGGUACCUGACUGAGGCCGUGCAGCUCUUCUCAGAGCUGGAUGAAGAAGGUCAUGAGGCAAACUUCAUCACUGUGCUGCUUGAGCUGGGACAGCACUAUGUGAAGCAGCAGCAGCUGGACUAUGGGAAAGGAUGUUAUGAGUGGGCUCUGUUGCUGGCAAUCAAUGCCAACAUUCUAGACUGCCAACUCUCUGCAACCAGAAGUAUGUGCCAUCUGUAUGAAUGUGAGAUCCCAGACCAGGUUCAGUGUAUCAUCUACAGGGAACACCAGGUCCAGUUAUUGAAAUGCACAGGAGACAGAGGACAGGAAGGAGAAGCACUGGAGGCCAUUAGUCAGCUCUACCUCACUCUGGGAACAGCAAGGGCAUACCGCACAGCUCUUGACUAUACUAAGAGCAGUCUAGGUGUCUUCAUCGACCUGGGCCACAGAGAGAAGGAGGCAUAUGGUUGGCUGCAAGCUGGGAAGAUUUAUCACCUGCUGGGCCAAAAUGAACUGGUGGACCUUUAUGUUCAGGUAGCUCAGGAUGUCGCCCGAAAAACAGGAGAUGUCGCUUUCAUCCUGAAGUUUGUGGAAGCUGCAGGAGAUAUUUUCUUCAACAGCUGCCUGGACAGAGACAAGGCGAUCACCUUCUACAGGGACCUUGCUCUGCCCAUGUCAAUGAAGAGCAGCUGUCUUCAGACCAGGCUCAGAUUGUGUAAUAAGCUGACUGAGGUGAUGUUCAGUCUCAAGUUGUACGGAGAAGCUGUUGAGUUUGGACAUAUGGCACUGGACAUCAGCAUCACUCAAGGUGAUCAUCUGAAUGAACGAGUGGCCUACCACCGUCUGGCAUCUCUGUACCACUGUCUAGAGCAGUAUGAACUCGCUGAACACUUCUACUUAAAGACCCUGAGCCACUGUCCAACACCUCUGCAGUUUGAUGAGGAAACACUCUACUAUGUCAGAGUCUACCAAGCCCUAGGGGACAUCAUAUUCUAUGACCUGAAGGACCCAUUUGAUGCAGCAGGCUACUACCAUCUGGCUCUUGCUGCAGCCAUGGAUCUGGGCAACAAACGCUCUCAGCUUCAGCUGUGCACACGCCUCGCCACCAUCUACCACAAUUUCCUCAUAGACCGAGAGCUGUCCCUCUUCUUUUACCAGAAGGCCAGAGGAUUUGCAGCAGAGCUGAAUGUUAGAAGAAUCGAUAUUUCACCAGAUCAGCACUAUAACAGCAUGCCACAGUACAAGACCACCAGAGAAGACCACAAGAAGAACAAAACAUUUUUGGGUUAAGUGUUUGGGGUUUUGGAUCACACGGUGGGAUAGUGGCUAGCAUUGUUGCCUCACAGCAUGAAGGUCACCAUUUUUCACAAAAGCAACCAUUCAAUCAAGAUUAGAUUUUAAUAGUUGACCAGAUUGCACUAUUAGUGUCCAGUGAAAUCAUUAUUAAAUCAUCAUGAAUAAUUGGUAAGUUUACACAAAGGCAUUCAAAAGUAAUAAUUAAAUAAUAACUAAUUAUUGGUCCAUCCAUUAAGUAUAUUUCACUUGCAGUUGAUCAUGUUGUAUAUUCAAAAUCUAGUGCUAUGCUAAAAUACAUUUGCCUGCAUUGUUUUUCCAUCACCUGAAGACAAACACAAGUGUUAACUUGUUCCGUUAUUCAACUUGUAAAAUUCAAAUUGAUCAAGGAUAUGGAGAACCAAAACCAGACUCAAGUGAAAUAGGUUUGGAUAUGUCAAUAUCUAUAUCAACAGUUUCAGAGUAUGAUUGACAGCAUUAACUAGGAUGUCCCUAUAAUCCCAGCCACAUCUAUCACACUGAGAAACUGCUGCCUCCAAAAAUUUAAGCUCUACUGAGAAUAAAUUGUUGCAUAAUUUAUUAAUUUAUUCUAAGUAGGGAUGGCACGAUACCACUUUUUUGUAU